AAAAAAGCGGCAUUAAUUUUCUUUUGUUUUUUUUUUUCUUAUCAUGUCUGUCCAAGACGCAUAUAAUAAAGUAUUUUCCAAUUUUCAAAAAGUAAGAGAAUAUCUUGCACCUGUCUUGAAGAAUUCUAAAUUUAAAGAAACAGGCUGUAUUACUCCUGAAGAGUUUGUUGCUGCAGGUGAUUUUUUGGUUUACAAGUGCCCAACUUGGCAAUGGGAAGGAGGUUUAAACGAGAAAAAGAGAGACUACUUACCAAGUGACAAACAAUUCCUCGUCACUCGCAAUGUUCCUUGUAUUAGACGUGCUCGUCAAAUGGAAUUGACUGAAGAUGAAGACGUUGAAUCAAUAAUAAAAGAUGAAAGUGGAGAAGAUUGGAUGCUUACACAUAGUAAAAGAACAACUAAAACAAUGGAAGAAAUGGCACAAAUUAUUAUGACUGAAGAAGAGGAAGAGGCAGAAAUUAAAAGAGGAUUAGAAAAAUUAAAGAUAGAGGAUAUACCAGAUCUAGAUGAUGUACCAGACAUGGAUGAUAUACCAGACAUGGAUGACCAAAUAGAAGAAGAAGAAGAUCCUUCUAUACAAGUAGUGACAAAUGAUAAAGUACUUCAGGUUCGAACAUAUGAUGUAUUUAUCACAUAUGAUAAAUAUUAUCAAACGCCUCGUAUGUGGUUAUUUGGUUAUGAUGAAGAACGUCGUCCUCUAAAUUCAACUCAAGUCUUUGAAGAUGUUUCUCCUGAUUAUGUAAAAAAGACGGUAACAAUUGAGACGCAUCCUCAUUUAUCACUUAACUUGGCUUCUAUUCAUCCUUGUAAACAUGCUGAAGUAAUGAAGAAAAUUAUCGAAAGAAUGGGUCAGGGUAAAACUUCAGUUGUAGGUCAAGAAGGAGGAAUACGUGUAGAUCAGUAUUUGAUCCUAUUCUUAAAGUUUAUGAGUUCUGUUGUGCCUACUAUUGAUUAUGAUCAUACUAUCAGUACAUAGUCGUCAUAUUGAAUAUAACAAUUCCCUUAUUUUAUGAUCAAUCUUAUUGGUAACCGAAAUAAAUAAACUUAUCUGAGUUUUAAAUAGAAA